GGGAGCUCUUGAGGCCGCUCACGAUGGAGGAAUUAGAACAAGGCCUGUUGAUGCAGCAGUGGGCAUGGCUACCGCUUGCUGAGGACUCCAUGUUGGCCAAGGCUUACAUCACCAAGCAUGGCUAUGCAUUGCUGGUUUCUGAUCUCCAACAAGUGUGGCAUGAACAGGUGGACACUAGUGUAGUAAGCCAGCGAGCCAAGGAGCUGAACAAACGCUUGACUGCCCCUCCGGAAGCUUUUCUCUCUCAUUUGGAUGAUCUUCUUCGCCCACUGUUGAAGAACACCGAGCACCCUAGUGAAGCUACCUUCUCCUGUUAUCGUGUGCCAGAGGCAUUGAUCCUGCGGGUGCGGAGUGAGCUCUCUGGUCUCCCCUUCUAUUGGAAUUUUCACUGCAACAUAGCUAGCCCUUUCCUGGUAUCGCAACAUUUGAUCCGUCCUCUGAUGGGCAUGAGUCUGGCACUGCAGUGCCAAGUGAAGGAACUAGCAACGUUGCUUCGUAUGAAAGACUUAGAGAUCCAGGACUACCACGAGAGUGGGGCUACACUGAGUCGAGAUCGAUUAAAGACAGAGCCAUUUGAAGAAAAUUCCUUCUUGGAACAAUUUAUGGUAGAGAAACUACCAGAGGCAUGCAGUAUUGGCACUGGAAGGCCCUUUGUCACGAAUCUGCAGGGUCUGUAUGUAGCAGUUACCAAACAAGAGGUCCAAAUGGAACAGAGGCAUCAAGAUACUGGAGACCCUCAGACUUCAAGCGGCACCUCCCCACAAGGAACUGAUGAAAGCCAUCUUCUGAACCAGCCAGAAGAGCCAGUCUUGUCAGUCCCUGAGAUAGAGUCCACAGAUACUUCAGGAGCUAUGCUGAGACCUCCGUUGUCAAAGAUCAAGAGGAAGCAGCCAAGAGGGCUCUUCAGUUAA